AUGUUGACGCUUUUUCUGUUGAUUUUUUUAACUGUUGGAGUAUCCACAAUAAACGGUUAUACUUGUACUUGUUGUUUUCCUGGUCAACCACAUACAUGUCAAACACCUGAAAUUCCUCUUUCUUCUUGUGCUAAUUGUACAAGUGUUUUUUGUGCAAAUCAUGUAAAAGGAUGUCAAAGUUCAACUCCAUGUAAAGUUGAAUGUAAAUCGGGUUCAAGUUCAAUAAGCACAUCAACAAAAGGUUCUUCUUCAAUGUCGACAAUCAAUACUAUACCGAAUAAUACAUUUACUGUUGGAAUUGGAUUUAUUAUGAUUUCUGUUGCUUUGACAUUGUUGGUUUUUGUCAAUUGA